GCGGUCUUCUUCCGCAGAGGGGGCGGGAUCUUCCGGUGGCGGCAAUUGCGAGGAGCUGCCGCCGUCUCCAUGCUGCCCGCCGGCUGCUCGGGCCGGCUGGUGGCCGAGCUGCGGAGUGCCCUGGACGCCUGCGCAGAGCGACAGCUGCGGCUGGAGCAGAGCCUGCUUGUCUCUCGUCGGCUGCUGCGGGCCUGGGAACCAGCCGGGACCUUGGCUCCAGAGCCACCUUUAGGGCCAGAAACUAAAGAAGAGGCUCCCUCUCCAGCAUGCACACCCAGCCCUCAAGACCUCAAGGAGCUGGAACUUCUGACCCAGGCCCUGGAGAGGGCUGUACGGGUGCGAAAAGUCAUUUCUAAGGCUGGAGAAAGAGACAAGGCCCCCAGCCUGAAAUCUGGGUUCUUUGCCACCUCCCCUGGCAUGACAGCCUCUAUCCCAACCCGGGCCCCAGGCCAGGCUGGCAGCCAUGCAUCAGAGGCAAAACCCACCAGGGGCGUCCGCCAGACCACAGUGCCUGCCAAGGGCCACCCCGAGCACAGACUCCCCUCCGAGCGGAAUAGGGCCCGUGUGGGGGUAGGAGCCCGAGCCACUAGGCCUGGGCCAGGCCUCAGGGACAAGCAUGUGGCCCCAUCAGCUGCUCCUCAGGACCCAGAAGCCUUCACACUCAAAGAGAAGGGGAGCCUGCUGCAGCUGCCUGCAGCCUUCAGGAAGGCGGCUUCCCAGAACUCCCGCUUGUGGGCCCAGCUCAGCUCUGCACAGCCCAGGGAUUCCACAGAUGCCACCACUGCCGCCAAAACCCGGUUCCUCCAGAAGAUGCAGACAGCCUCGGGCCGGCCUGGCCCCGUGCUCAGUGCUGUGGAGGUGGAGGCGGAGGUGGGGCACCUGCAGGAGGCCUGCUCGCUGCUGAGACUGCGCAUGAGGGAGGAGCUCUCUGCGGCCCCCACUGACUGGAUGCAGGAGUACCGCUGCCUGCUCACCCUGGAGGGGCUGCAGGCUGUCGCCAGGCAGUGUCUCCACAGGCUGCAGGAGCUGCUUGCCGAGCAGCCUCUGGGACCGUGUCCUGUGGGGAGGCCCUCCAGGGCCCCCCUGCCCUGUGGAGGUGGAGCAGACCCCUUCUGGAGCCCCCAGCUGCUUCUCUACUCCAGCACCCAGGAGCUGCAGACCCUGGCGACCCUCAGGCUGCGGGUGGCCAUGCUGGACCAGCAGGUGCACCUGGAAAAGGUCCUAAUGGCUGAACUCCUCCCCCUGGUGAGCUCCCAGGAGCCGCCCUCGCUGGCCCUGUGCCGGGCUGUGCACAGCCUGCUCUGCGAGGCAGGCGAGCGCUUCCUCACCAUCCUGCACGAUGACCCUGCCGAUAGCCCUCCCCCCACGCCCGGGCCUCAGGACCCCAUCAGGGAGAGUCCCCUCCUCCCUGGUCGGAGUUAAGUGAGGGGGUUGAGGGGAUUCUCCCUGUUGCUGUGGGCAUGGGGACCAGAGACGCCUGUACCCCUAGGAAACCUGGGUUUCAGCUGCAGCAGGGCUGCCUGGCUCUUGUCCGACAGCUGAGCCUGGGGGCAGAGCUGGAGGCCAGAGGCUGAAAGGAGCCUUUCUUCACUGCCUCUGCUUCCUCUCACCGUAAACCUAAGGGCCGCUUGUGUGAUAUUAAAGCUACUUUGGAAAGCAUA